UUAAAUAGGCUAGGUAUUUAUUAUUGAUUUCGCAAGAACCAUGGAUACGGUAAACAAGUACCACUAAGUAAACUACAAAAAUGAUUUAAAAGCAGCUGAAAAUCCGAAAACAGGAAGAUUAUACAGUACACAGUUGUACAUUGUGUUGAUCAGUUUCACAUUACGCAUUAUUUUUCAAAUUAUUUUCUUUAAUUAUUCAAAAUAUACACGCUCUUUAUGAUAUGGCCAUAAUAGUCUUAACGAAAUGGAGGAUCUAAUAAGAAAAGACAUAUUUAAGCAAAGGGAUUUAUAUAGACUUUCUCCAGAUUACAAACCUUCGGACACAGUACUACGUUUGGAGUUGAGGAGAGAUUUGGUCAAGACUACUCAUAAUCACGGAAUAAUGAAGAAUAUCAAUUGGCAAAGGAAAGAAAUGCGGAAUUCAAAAGAUAAUAGAGUUAAUAAAGAAAUAACAAAAAUUCGAAACGACUUCCAAUGCAGCAAUUUGAAAAAUCAAAUAAUGUUAAAAGAUGCGAUUAAAUCUGUCGAUUCUUUGGGAAAUAAUGGUUACCGGUUUAAUAACAGGUUAUUAAUAAACGAUUUAAAUGAAAUAACAGAUUCUUGUUUUAGUGAAACGUUAGAAGAUAGUGGCAAAUUAAUUCUAUGUAAUGAUGUAGAUUUUAAAAUAUAUAGUAAUCCGAAAAUGGUUGAAAAGGAAAAUCGAAAGUGUAAGACUCAGAAUAUGAAACCGUUCCAUGAAGAAAGUAACAGUAAUUUAAAUAAUCACAUAACGAACAAUUCUGAUAAUGAAGAUAUUAAUAUAAUGCGGGUUGAUUGUACAUACCCUUCUAAAUCGUUAAAGAAUACAGAAAUAUCCGACUGUGAUGUAAAUUCUGUUUUACAAACAAAUAACUUAAUUACAGAAGAAUCUUCUAACAUGAUAGAAAAUAUAAAAGAACCAACAAAUAAUUUACAAACGACACUGAUUAUGAUGGCAAUAUCUUCAAAAUCGAAUGAAAAUGAUAUACAUGAAAAUUCUACAAAUGUUGCAGAACCUUUGAAUUAUGAAGAAUUAACUACAAGGAAUAUACAACAAAAUACAACUGUAGUAAAUAACAAAGUAUAUUGUAAAGAAAUUCCAAAUUUUUUGAAGGUAACAGCAUUUAAAGUUGUAAUUAGCGACAAACAAUUAUCCAUUUUACGUAAAUAUAUAAAAAAGUGGCGAGAUUACGUAUGUAAUAGAAAAGAGCAUUAUUCUCAACAAAGACUACAGACUCUAAAUAAUUUUUUUGAUAAACUUUCACGACGAAAGGAUACAAAUAACUCAUCAGAGUCCAUAAGUAAAUCCAAACAACUUGUACGAGACUAUAGUUCAUAUCAACACAGAUAUAAAAUACAAAAACAUAUAAUUGCACUACAAAAGGUGAAACUUGAAGAGCAAAACAGAUUAAUAGAGGAACUAAAGUAUAAUAAAAUAGUAGAAGCUUCGAGACAAUCAGUCGAUGCUAUGAGGGAAGAAGUACGAAAAACAUAUUAUGAAAUAGACAGACAGUUAAAGCCUAAGAUAAAAUGUCUGACUAAUGAACUAAAGAUACACGAGAUUGAAGAACCGUCACUUGUUUUACAUUGCUUAAAAGUCCCUCAGUUUUUACAAAGAAUGGAGAAAAGAGCUCGUGAAAGAGAGGAAAAACAUGCAAUUAUAAGAGAAAGACGAAGGCAAAUGGAAGAAGAGCGUAUUAGAUUAAAACAACAGGCAGAAUUGGCGAAAGUUGAAAUGGACAAGGAAGAGAAAAUGAAAAGAAUAAAGGAACUUCGGCUGAAACGAAAAAGAGAAAAGAUAGAUGGCAUACGCAGAAAACAAUAUGCUGAAAAAAUGAGAGCACUGGCAGUAAUGGCAGAUUUACAUUAUGAAAAGAAUUUAUUAAUAAAGUAUGGCGUACGGCCUUUUAAGAUAUUAUUAUCUAUAAAACGUGAUAAUAUUGAGAGGGCCAAGGCACAUUAUACCUUUCAACUUAAAAAAAAUGUCUUCCUGCACUUUAUGUGGUACACUGAGGAUAUGUGGUUUGAAAGAAAUUAUAAAGCUGAAGAUUUUUAUAGAAAGAAAAUACUGAAGAAAGCAUUCAAUAGUUGGAAACUGGCUUAUCGUACAUUUGUCAUAAAGAAGCAAGUAGCCGAAGAUUAUUAUGAUUUAUAUGUAACACAGUUAGUGUUUAGAAAUUUUUGUAAAGGAAUAGAAAUUAUCAAGAAAGAGCAAGAAUUAAAAUUACAGAAAGCAAUAAUAUAUCAUAAUAGCAACUUGAUGUUCAAGAUUUUCACAUGCUGGAGAACUUUACCGGCUUUAAAUGCUUUGAAAAGAGAACAAGAAGCUAGAAAAGCAAGAUGGAGAGAAAAGGUACUUUUAGUAGUUCCCGAUUAUAAACCUCCUGAAGAUUAGCAAAAUUAUGUUUAAGAAAUUCAAAUGCUCCAAAAGAUUAGGAACCAGUUUACACGAAUGAUGCAUUUCAUAACAACCGCUGUUGGAAGUGUACUACUUAGUUUGUUAACAGUACGCCCUCUUAAGGGAAUCCCAGUUCAAAGCGGCUUUUGAACUCUCUAAUAUCUGAAGCUAUUUAAUUUCAAGGUUCUGAUUCAAUUAAUAUUCAAUUUCUAAAAAUUAUAAAUUAAGGCUACUUGAUAACAUUAGUCAUAUCAACGUACAUACAUUUUUCACUUUUUUUAGUAGUUUCAUUGUUAUAAAGUAUUAAUAGUGAUAAAUGUAUUACUUAAGCUUAAGUGAUAAAAUUGAUUCGAAUUCUGUAAAUAAAAAUAAAUUGAUAUACAAAAUUGUUAUAUAUUAUUUGCCUAUAUAUUUUUAAUCUUUUAAUCUAGUUAUUUUUAAUAAUAUACGAUUCGCUAAUUUAGACAUUUCGUCGUAUUAUUCUGUGAAGUUUAUCAUUUACUAGUAAAUUUUA